GAGUGUAGCGCUCGCAUCACAAGGUCACCCUAUCUCACCGCUGGCUCCUCUGCAUUGGCAGGAGAGGGUUGCUGGGUUUGUACAAGGCUGGGGCGGGAGCAGGAGGGAGGGGGGGAAGAGAUCUGGAUUUUUUUUCUCCCCUCCCUUAAGCAAAGCCACAAUGGAAACCAGGAAGGAGAUGGUGAUGUUUCUGGAGGGGACUACUCUUGGCGCUCUAGUUGGCAAGAGGGUGCCUAAUUUGUCCGAAGCAGUGGGGAGCCCCGCUGCGGAGCCGCAGGAGAAGAUGAUCCAUCGGAACUGCAUCAGCCCCAGACCUGGCCCCUUGUCGUCCCGGGAGAGAGGAGGAGGAGGAGGUGGCGGAGGAGAAGAUGAAGAGGAGGUGGAGGUGCUGCCAGGGACAGGGACGGUGCCGGAGAGCCGCUCAGCGGCGGCAGCACUGCUUUCGGCCGGACAGCAGCCCCCCGCCCCGGAGCUCCCCUCCAGCAAAGGGCAGCAGAGCAGCUCGGACACCGAGUCGGAUUUCUAUGAGGAAAUCGAGGUGAGCUGCACCCCGGACUGCGCCACGGGGAGCGCCGAGUACCAGCACAGCAAAGGGCCGUGCUCCGAGGCGCUGGCCGGCAGCCCCAGCGGCGGGGGGGAUCACCCCAAGGGCAGCGGAGGCAGCGGCGGCUCCCAGGGCUCGCUCGCCUGCAGCGCCAGCGACCAGAUGCGCCGCUACCGCACCGCCUUCACCCGCGAGCAGAUCGCCCGGCUGGAGAAGGAGUUUUACCGGGAGAAUUACGUGUCCAGGCCCCGGAGAUGUGAGCUGGCGGCUGCUCUAAAUCUGCCAGAAACCACCAUCAAGGUUUGGUUCCAGAACCGCAGGAUGAAGGACAAGCGGCAGCGCCUGGCCAUGACCUGGCCUCACCCGGCCGACCCGGCGUUUUACACGUACAUGAUGAGCCACGCGGCGGCCACCGGGAACCUGCCGUAUCCAUUCCCGUCCCACCUGCCCCUGCCCUACUACUCCCACAUGGGCAUCGGCGCCACAUCGGCCUCCGCCGCCUCCCCCUUCAGCACCCCCCUGAGGCCUCUGGACACCUUCAGGGUCCUGUCCCACCCGUACCCGAGACCAGAACUGCUGUGCGCCUUCAGACAUCCCUCUCUGUACCCUGCCCCAACUCAUGGACUCAGCGCCGGGGGCAACCCCUGCUCCUGCCUGGCAUGCCACAGCGGCCAGUCCAACGGGCUGGCGCAGAGACCCUCCGGAUCAGACUUUACCUGUUCGGCCACAACCAGGACUGACUCCUUCCUCACUUUCACGCCCUCUGUGCUGAGCAAAGCCACCUCAGUUUCCAUGGACCAGAGAGAAGAAGUACCUUUAACGAGAUAAACCUUUGUCUCAGGGUUAUUAAACACUCAUCCCUUUCCCGGACUUCUCUUCGAGUUAAUGUACCUACAGCCCAUGUUUAUUUAAUCGUGUUCUCUCCUCAGCCGUGGACACCUACAGU